AUGAGAAACUUGAAAGAAUAUAACCAAAGCUUGGAAAAAGAGAAGUUGCCCCCUGAACAGCACCAGAGAGCGUUGCUUGCAUAUGUGGAGGGUUAUGUGAGUGGCAAAGAUACAGCAGGACAGAUGCCUUGGUGGAAAAAGUGGACCACAUUGUUAGGAUCACUUUUUUCAAUCGGCACAUCACUGGUGCUUAUUUUAUAUUUAUAUUCAAAUAUGAGCUCUUUAGGUUCUCUGUUUGAGUCACCGGAGUCAAAAGAAUUUAUGGAGUUGAGUCAUAAAUUCAUUGAUGUCAAAGGAGCAGACGAAGCGAAACAGGAAUUGAAAAACGUUGUUGAGUUUUUGAAAAAUCCCGAAAAGUUUACUAAACUCGGAGGAAAAUUACCAAAAGGAAUUCUUCUUGUCGGUCCACCAGGAACAGGCAAGACUCUCUUGGCAAAAGCUAUUGCUGGGGAGGCUGGAGUCCCUUUCUACAGCAAAUCUGGAGCUGAGUUUGAUGAAAUAUUUGUCGGCCUCGGAGCGAAGAGGAUUAGAGACCUUUUUAGACUAGCCAAGGAAAACACUCCAUGUGUGAUAUUCAUUGACGAAAUUGACUCUAUAGGAAAACAACGAACAUCGAGUGUUAUGCAUCCACACGCUAACGACACAAUCAACCAGUUACUGACAGAAAUGGACGGGUUUAAAAGCAACAGCGGAAUUAUCGUCUUAGGAGCGACAAAUAGGAGAGGUGAUCUAGACACAGCCCUCCUGAGGCCAGGAAGGUUUGACGUUGAAGUAAACGUUUCUGUCCCGGAUUACAAAGGUAGAACAGAGCUGCUCAAUCACUACUUGGGUCAAGUGCCCCAUGGUGAUAUCGAUGUAGAGAAAAUCGCAAGAGGAACAACCAACUUUACUGGAGCAGACAUAGAGAGCAUGGUGAACCAGGCCGCAUUGAGAGCAGCUGUGUUGGGAGCAAAACUCGUCAGUACAGAGCAUAUAGAAUACGCUAGAGAUAAGGCGUUGAUGGGACCGGAGAAACUAUCGAAAAUACUAGAUGAAGAAACCAACAAGAUCACAGCUUACCACGAGGGCGGACAUACUGUGGUGGCUUACUUCACAGAACACGCACAACCUCUGCACAAAGUGACAAUCGUUGCUAGAGGGUCUUCUCUGGGACACACGUCUUACAUCCCUAGCAAAGAUGUUUACCAUGUGACAAAGACGCAACUACUAGCCAUGAUCGACACCAUGAUGGGGGGCCGGGCCGCUGAGGAACUCAUAUUUGGAACAGAAAAGGUUACCUCUGGAGCAUCUAGUGAUUUGGAGAAAGCAACUGAUCUGGCUUCGGAGAUGGUUAAAAAGUGGGGAAUGUCAGAGGAAGUGGGGUUAUCGAGUUACAGCAACCGGACCCUGAUGAGUCCUCAAACUGCAAAUCUGAUAGAUGCAGAGGUUAAAAAAAUCCUGAAAGAAUCUUACGAAAGAGCUAAAAACAUCCUUAUCGCUCACAAGGACAAACAUAGAGAACUGUCUGAAGCUCUUUUGAAGUAUGAAACACUCGAUGCGGAUGAGAUUAGUUUAAUCAUGGAAGGCAAGACUAUUAGGAAGCCGCAACAGAAGUAAAUCUUUAUCGGUGGAGUAAGAAAUUAUAAAUUAUAUAACUAGCUAUUGUGUCACAAGUGUUUUGGAGGUUAGUAAAAAUACUAAUCAUAUGAACAAAAAUAAAUUGA